UAUAUGUGAACUGUAUCCUGAGUUGCAGUCUUGUGCCUGCAUUCCUCUCAUCUAGGAUUUGCUUGAAAGGGGGAUUAAAAAAAAAACGUAGAUUGGAAUACGGCGCGGAAGCAUCUGUUUUCAAUAAGGACUAACAUUUGAAAGGACGUGAUAUCCGUGGGUCGCUGAAUUGAUUGGAUAUUUUUGCUUUCCGUGAGUCAGCUCUUAAAAAAAAAAAAAAGGGCAUACAAAUGAGAAGAAAGGUAAACAGAUACGUCGUUUUUAAUUCGCGUUAAACAGGAAACCAGAUGGGUUGACGAGCGAUAACAAGGGCUAAACGAUAUCGUCUCCUUUAAGAGCAAGAAAGCCAGGAAGCUUUAGUACAUGAAUAUUUUAGGCGAGUUAGCUUCCUCAAAAUAAAAUACACGACAUUAGUCGCUAAAAAUGAACGAAACCCAUUUCUGGUGAGUGCGGCCAGGUAAACAUCAGGCGAAACAUGGAGAAGGAGAGCAUUUUAGAUCAUCCUUUAAUAUUUGACCAACACAGAUAACGAGAGAAUAGAUUUUAAGCACGAUUAAAUCUCUAGUCUUUGGGUUUUAAUGCUUCAAAAGCAUGCUGGCAUACAUAUUUGCGCGUGAAAUGUAUGUUCAUUUACAGUCGUGUCACGACAAUCGAUAAAUGUAGUUUCCAGCUCUACCGGAUGCAUUCCUUACAGUUGUAAGAAAAAGAAAUCCUUUUGUUGGUGUUAAAAAACAACACACCACAUAGGCUCAGGUCAACUUUAUUAUUCCAGCGUAGCGUGCGCAAUAUUCAGAGAAGCUUUAUUGUAAUUCCAACAGGGCAGAUGUCAUGUGCCCUGGGCACAAAUCAAAAACGUGAUCGACUGCUUUAGUAAAUGACUAUGGCUGCUUUGCCCGUCUGCGUGCGAAAGGACAUUUCCAUUGCUUGAAGUUAAAGUGCGAAGUCCCUCUUUUUCCUGUUUUAAACUUAGUAAAAGACGACAUGCUCCGCAUGCAUUUUCAUGUUGAUGUAACUGAUCUUAUCUUGAUUAUGUAUGAUAGCAUGGUGGUGUUAUUAGAAAAUUAUUUAGUAGUAUUUAACUUGUAGUUUAAUUAUCUAUCAGCAGGUAGGCAGACAUUGUCACUGAUUACAUUACAAAUUAUUAUUAUCAGCAUUAUAAAUCCCGUUCAGUCUGAAUGCGUUCUUGCGUUAAAAAACGACCAAACCACACGCAGCGCAACGAACGGAACGCAGGAGUCUCGAGACGCGUUUCUAAAAGUUGACGUUCUUUUUUAACUUGACGAAAGUGUCUGAAAACCAAAGACCUCCUUCUAGCGCAUGUUACAUAGAAGAACUAUUGAACAACAGCGUAGACGGACGCACAAACGUUUUCAGUGUGAACGGUCCCGUAGAUAUUUUGUCUCGUAAAGACUUUUCGUUAUUAGAAAGGCCAAGCUACCGGUUUCUCUCCUUAUAAAACCCACAUACAACUGCAAAAACGCGCACAAUAUUCCACGCAAUCGUAUUGCGAAGCCAGAUUACGUUUUUUUCCUCUCUCACUCGGCUGCGGUAUUUUAUUGCUGACAACAUCGCCAAGAGCAGAGACGCUCCCUUAGUAUGUUUGGGGUUGACUGACAGCUGUGACUUCCGUGAUUGUAUGGUCUUUAUCAACUCACCUAACACUUGGAUAUACACGAAUAAGUCACAAGAAUGAUUGAAACGUUAUUAGGUCGGUGCUAGAACUUUAUGUUUGCCUUCCACGUGCUCCAAAGCUGAUUAACUCAAAACGGGAUGUCGGAUCAACUGGUUGAGAUGGCUGAGAACUGGCGAAACUGCUUUGAGGAGGAACUCAUUUGCCCUAUAUGUUUGCAUGUGUUCGUGGAGCCCGUGCAGCUGCCUUGCAAACACAACUUCUGCCGAGAAUGCAUCAGUGAGGCCUGGGCGAAAGACGCGGCCAAUGUGCGCUGUCCGGAGUGCAACCACGCAUACAACCAGAAACCAAAUCUGGAGAAAAACAUCAAGCUGAACAACAUCGUGGAGAAGUUUAACGCGCUGAACGUCGAGAAAUCAACAGCCGUACUGCAUUGCAUUCUGUGUAGGCGAGGACCUCCUCUUCAAGCACAGAAAGUGUGUCUUCGAUGUAAUGCACCGUGUUGUCAGUCUCAUGUUCAGACACAUCUUCAGCAACCCUGUCCCGCUCCUGGCCAUUUACUAGUGGCGGCUGAGGAGGUCAGGGCAUGGAGCUGUCCACACCAUGAUGAAUACAGACUCUAUCAUUGCGAUGUGGAACAGGUGUCUGUCUGCCAAUAUUGUUACUUCUCUAGAUGUGCGACCAACCACGGCAAUGCAGUUUGCGACGUGGAGGUACGACGCAAUGAGAUCAGGCAUAUGUUGAUGAAGCAGCAGGAUCGUAUUGAUGAUCGAGUGAAAGACAUUGAGGAGCAGCUGUAUAAGUUAGAGUCUGAUAAAUUACUGGUGGAGGAUAAGGUACGGCAGCUGAAGGAGGAGGUGCGUGUGCAGUAUCACAAAAUGCACCAGCUCUUAGAAGAUGACCUGGGGAGAACUCUGGAAGUGCUGGAUAAAGCACACUCAAAGUACUGCCAAGAGAAUUCCACCCAAACCCUACAGCUCAAUGAACGUCGCCAGGAGGCCAAGAAACUGCUCAGCUCUGUCCAAGUUGUGUUUGACAAGGCAGAGGAUAUUAACUUCAUGAAGAGCACAAAACCAGUGAAAAUACUCAUGGAUAGAUCACAAUCAUGCACAGGCAGCGUUCUGCCUCCUUAUAAAGUGGGUCAUCUUAAUUCCAAAAUAUUCCUCUCUGAAGUCUCAAAAAAGGAAAAGAACUUGAGAAAAUUACUGGAAGCACCAUUCAAUACUUCUGCACACUUCCUCCAGAGCGUUUCUGUCCACCCCUCCAGUGUGAAUAACUAUGGGGGUGAGAAACGCAAACACUCCAAGGCCUUCCCAGAAAGCUGCACCAGCCUGCUAGACUCCUCAUCAGGCCCCAUGAGUAAACAGCCCUUCCUGGGUCAAGGCUCCAACUCCACAGAUGGGCCCUCCUCCCAGCCACCCAUGGCUCCCUGUAGCUCCACCCAGCACAUUGUAGGCCUCAGUAGUAGCAGUGGCGCUCAGUCGGUCCAUCAUUCCAGAUCUGUUUUUACUCCUGCCGACUAUCCCAAUGCUAGCUCGUCCCAGCAGGCCAUGCUGCCGCAAUAUGGCGGCCGUAAGAUUCUUAUGUGCACGAUGGACAAUUGCUACUGCUCUAGCGUACCCUCCAUAUCAAACCAUCGUGGCCAUGCUCCUUACCCACGCUCUGGAUCUUUCCCAUGGACACAGGAUUACUCCCACCCCCUGCCCUCCACACCCGCAAUGUCCCAGCCCCUCCAGGGGCUCUCCAUGCAUGACUGGAUCGAUGCCUCACAGAGUCACAGGCACCCUGACUUCUAUGGAUUGUAUGGGCAAUCUUCCACUAAACCUUAUGUUACCAGUUAACCGUCCACUGCUGUCAGAUGGGCAUCUCUGGUUUAUCUCCAAUAUUGCUUAAAGUGUUUGCUUACAAAUCUAAGGAUAUAGGUGAGUUAAAGAAGUAGUUCACCCAAAAAUGAAAAUUCUGUCAUAAUUUACUCACUCUUAGGUGUUUCCAAACAUGUAUGACUUUUUUCGUUGUGUGGAUCACAAAAGGAGAAAUUUUAAAAGAUGUUCCUUUCGCUGAUUUCAAUUCAGUGGCAGUGGAUAGGGACUCAAGUGUUAUAAAAGCAGUCCAUAUGACCAGUGCGUCAUAUUCCAAGUCUUCUGAAUUAAUACGGUUUUGGUAAGAAACAACCUGAAAUUUAACUGUUUUUGCAGUUAAUAUUUUGACUUUCUCUGUAGUUCUCCUUUCAUAGCAUUCAUGAGUGCAUGAGACCCCCAUUGUACAAAGGUGUCUGGAUUUGUUCCUGGCAGGCAGCAGAUACCCUAAACCUGCCCCCAUCUCUAAUCCUAACCAUAUGAAGCCUGUAAGGCUGAGUAGCCUGACAGGAACAACCACAGGCACCUUUGUGCAAUGGGCGCAUGAGACAAGCGCGUUUAUGUCUUUGUGUGUUUACGCGAGAACUUGCGUAAGCCAUUAUGAAUAUUACACGGUGUAUUUCUUUCUUCUGUGGAGCACAAAAGGAGAUGUUAGGAAGAAUGUUAGCCUCAAUCACCAUUUACUUUAAUUGUAUGGAAUAAAGAUGCAAUGAAAGUGAAUGGUGAAUAUUGUGCCUAACAUCUUUUGUGUUCCACCGAAGAAAGUCAUAUGUGUUUGGAUCAAUAUGAGGAUGAGUAAAUGAUGACAGAAUUGUAAUUUUUGGUUGAUCUGUCCCUUUAACUCACUACAUUUUUUUCUUGCAUUAUAAUUUGCCUUUCCUUCUAAAUCAGAUUUAUUAACAUCACAAUUAAAAAGACAUUUAUGGCACUUUGUCUUCUUGUUCAUCAUGCAAUGCAAGCCUUAUGACUCUGAAACACUGAUCUCUUCCAACUUAAGCAUUAAAAACCCUUCUAUCCCUGUGUAAAGCAAGAUAAGGGAAUCUUUCUUUGAGAAAGUGGAGGUGGGACCCAGAGUUUUUAAAAUUACAAACAGAUUUUGGAUAAUUGCAGAGGGUGCUGACCUAGAGCAGAUAAUGAUCGCUUGUAAAUGGAGUCAGUUUUAACUUUCACUCCCCUCUUCCUGCCUUUAGGGUAUCUGGAAUCUGGUUCAGUUUUAUUAUGUGGUAAAAAUUCCUUUUUAUGUUGCUAUUAAAGUUCUUACAGUUUUAUUAAUAGUAGACGGGGAUUAUUAUUAUAAAAAAAGAGGAAUGGCAAAGAUGAGUGAGGGUUUUUUUAUUAUUAUUAUUAUUUAUUUUUACAUUUCACCUCUACUGCACCUUAAAUAUUUGGGCUAAGGAACUGCACCACAUUGACUGGGGACUCAGAUUAGGGUUUGUUGUGUUACUUCCAUUCGUUAGAGGCCAGAGGAUCUUGUUGUAUCCUGUUUACAAUUAUGGAUUACUUUUUAUGGAUUCACAGUAGGUUGGAAAAGAUCAAUACAAAAACUCAAUACAAGUUCAAUUCCUUUAGAGGGUGUUUACAGACUUUCAUGAGCUCUAACAGACUGCUCAUAAAAUGCCAAGCUAUUGCAUCUGAAAUAAUUCUGGAUUCUUGUUUCUGUCAGGUUAUGUUUCUCCCUGCAGUCAAGCACAUCUAAAGCAUGUUCAAGAUGAUUGCUGUCUACACACCUGUCAGUUGUAUAAUUGCAUAGAUAUACUUCCUGUUUUAGUCUGUGACAUAGAUGCCCAAAGGGGUUUAUGGUCACUGUGCAACACUGAUUGUCAUGAACAUGCUGAAAAUCUUUCAACUUCCUCUUUGUGAUUGUAGGCAUGCAGGAGAGCCUUUCUGUGCACUCAGAACUCGGUGACUGUAGAGAAUGGGUUUUUUUCCCCACAGAUUUUAUACAAGUGAACUGGACUGCAUACAUUUGGAAAUCAAGAUAAUGUGCUUCAAAAGAUUAUUAAAUCCUGGUUUCAACAGAACUGUAUAUAAUCUCUUUUUGUUUUUUUUUUUUUUUUUUUUUUGUUUUUUUGCAACAGAAAUAAUGGCACUACACAAUUUAAUUAAAAAAAGCAUUGAAAUAAACAGAAAAAUGCAUAGGUGGUUACAGAAGCCCCAUCUGUGUUAUGUCCAUGACCUUUUCCUGAAAUAAGUCUGUAAGGUUACAUGCACGACUAUAAUCGAGCCACAGUUGGUUUUUGCAUAGUCAAGCUACAAUCUUCAUCUGUCUGUCCAAGUAGGCUUAUAAAUGAGAAUGUGUAAAUUAUAUUUAAAGGAAAGAUGUCAGCUGAGGAAGUGUUAAAUACACGUUGUGCAUCACCUCUAUUUCAGAGCAUGUGCACAAUGUUGAGGCCUAUUAAUAUGUAAAAAUGCUGGACAAAGUCGAGCUACAACUGCUUGAACUACUUUGCAAAAAUCGGACUGGUAAAAUUUCAAAUGAAAACGUUGCUUGACAUUUUAAAAAGAAGAGUUAUUGUUUUAGUCUGACUGACAUUCGUUCAACUGAAACUUUUAAUGUAAACGUCCGGAAUGAUAUAGGUUUAAUUUUGUGCAUUGAUGUUAUCAGCCCAUUAGAACAGAAAGAAAUGGCUGUAAAAUGAUAUAGUCCCUUUAGCUCUAUUGUCACUAGUUCUUUUAAUAUCCAUUUUCAAUGACAAACUGCAUGACUGGCACAUCACUGAAUACUUAAUGACUGGGCAGAAAAAGCACAGUUUGCACUACCAGUGUACUGCACCCUCCUUUUGUCCUUCGGGCCAUUUUUGACCAGUAUUGAAACCAUUAAAAAUGCAUAAAUUCUUGAUUAAUGUACAACGGCACUAAAGACCCCCCUUUACAAAAACUAUUUUUUAAAGAAUUUUUUAAAAUGUAAAAAUUAAACAAGUUUAAAAACUUGACAAACACUGGCCAAGGAUGUCUCAGUUUGGCAUUUUGUAAUAUCAACAAUUUCUGAUUUAUUCUGCUUGUAGAAAAUCAACAGUGAAUACUUUAGAGUUACAAUUUGAGUACAUGCCUGUUUUACAAAUUAAUCUCUAUUGCCUUUUUCUUUUUUUUUUCUUCAGCAAAAAAAAAAUCAAAAAUGGGAAGACUUUGCACAUCCGUUGCUACAAAUCCAUUCCUUCCCACAGAUGUCAAAUAAUUUGUUGCAGUGUUACAGGGCUUUGGGAAGGUGCCAUAAUUGUUCUUUCUGCCAUCUACUGUUUUAGGAGAAAAUUAUAUGCAAUAAGUCAUUUACCAUUGGAGGGCCUUUGGCCCCAUUGAACCAUAUCAUAUGAAAUAAUGUUAGUAAACAUAUUUAUUACAUGUUACCUUACCUGUUCAAAAAAAAUAAAUAAAAAUAAAUGGAUGAUUUUC